AUGGCAGAUGUCGAUUUUGAUGGAUUAAAUUUCAAGGAGUUCAUUUAUGUUCUUGAGGAUGUCACAAAGGGGAAGUGUCCUGUUGUCUACUACUGUCUUGGACAUAAGUCAAUGCGUGAUGGGUUGACACCACUGAAAAAUGAUGAUGACUACAGGAGGUUUCUUGAUGCUGCACAUGAGGAAGAAAAGGAAGAAAAAGGUGUUGAUAGUGAAAGCUUUGAUGAAGAUAAAGACUCGGUCAUGUCUGAUGCUCUAUCUGUUGAUCAUGAACCCGAUGAAGAGGUAAUACCAUUGACUAAAUCUGAUGAUCCCUUUCUUAACUAUAUUAGUGUUGUCCUUAGAGAUGAUUUUGUUGAUGAGGAUGAUGAUUCAGAUAAUGGAACCAAAGAAGCCCCGAUUUAUCCUUUUCAUGACUCAACUCAGAAAUGGGAUACAAUGCAACCCAUACUUGGACCAAGUACUAAAGCCAAAAAGAAGAAGGGUAAACAUGUUCCUGAUGUUGAGGAUGAGUCUGAAUUUGAGAUUGAAGAUAUGGCUGAAGUUGAAGAUGAGUAUGAAUCAGAGUCUGAAUCUGAGAUUGAAGAGUUGGCUGAAGAUGUUGAUGAACCUGAUCAGGGACAAGAACAAGUUCAUGAAUCUGUUAUUGAGCAUGAAUUGGAACAAAUUGUUGUUGAACCUGUAAUUGAAGAUGUUGAGGAACCUGCUGCACAACUUGUUGUUGAAGUUGAACAAAGAGCACAACCAUUGAAGAGGAAAAGGAAAUACUCAGAGAGGAUCACUGAAGUGGCAUUAAGGAGGGUGGUCAUCACCAAGGAUGGAUGUGGUUUAAGUGUGAAUAAACCUGUUACACUGGAAUGA